AGAGAGGCUCGUCGAUUUUGGAUGCUCGUCGGUCUGAUCGCUCGCGUGCGUAAAGAAUGGUUUAUCAUCGGUAUAGUGCUCGUCAUCAUGUGCGCCAAGCUCGAGCCGUCCGUGGGAGUGAAAGGAGGUCCUCUCCGGCCAGAGAUCACCAUCACCUAUGUUGCAGUAUCUGUUAUUUUCUUUAACAGUGGCUUGUCUUUGAAAACAGAGGAGCUAGCAAGUGCAUUGAUGCACGUAAAGCUGCAUUUCUUCAUCCAGACAUUCACGCUAGUAUUUUUCCCCGUCGCUAUUUGGCUCCUUCUCAGAGUUCUGGCCCUGACAGCGAUCAACGAAUGGCUUCUCAGAGGGUUGCAGACGGUUGCUUGUAUGCCUCCUCCUGUUUCCUCUGCUGUCAUCCUCACUAAAGCUGUAGGAGGAAAUGAGGCUGCAGCCAUUUUCUCCUCUUCUUCUGCUGGUGUUUCUGGGCUCCUCGUCUUCUGUCCCGUUCUCCUCCAUCUUCUCGCAGCUCUUCAUGACAGUGGUUGUCCCUCUCAUAGUCGGACAGUAUUUUCCAGUCUGUUGAGCUUCAUGGCCCUGAUAUUUUUCUUGUCUACGAGGAAAUCCUCUGGUUUCACUGCGGCUGAUUCAGUUGCCAUCAUGUUUUGUGCGACUCAUAAAUCCCUAACUUUAGGUAUUCCCAUGCUGAAGAUCAUGUUUGAGGGCUAUGAGCAUCUAUCUCUGAUAUCAGUGCCUCUGUUGAUCUAUCAUCCCGCUCAGAUCCUGCUGGGAAGCGUCUUACUGCCCUCCAUUAAAACAUGGAUGAGCGGCAGACAGAAGACUCUGACACCCAUAUGAAGUACAGGUACACUGUCGAUUGGAAGCUGUGAAACACUGGCUGAGCCAAACCAGACCAGAAUCAACGAGACCAAACCAGACGAGACGGGAUGUGAUCAGGUGGAUGUAUACGUGCCUUAACGUGACCUGCGUGACCUCAGACGGUCAGCCGCCUCAGAACAGGGACGACGGACGAUUCAUGAGCUUUUAUAAACAGAUACAUGAAUGUAUAUUUUUAUAUGAAGUGUAAAAUAUUUUCUUACUUCAACGGCACUCUGAUUUUUUUUGUUUUUGGACAUCCAGAAAGAGCUCUGAAGUCUUUUGUGUGUUAAUUUUACAGCUGUAAAGACUAAAGUGAAGUUGCAGUGCUAAUAUCCUUCACGUUUACCUAAAGAUGAGAGUGUUACUGACUCAUUGUUCAUUUAUGUUGAUGAUUUAAAUGUCAGCUGUAGUCACCAUCUGACAUGUUACU